UUCACACCUAUCACGCAGAUAAGUUGGGUCACAGUGACAUCUGCUGGUCCACGUGGGGAGUAAUCUCGGACGUCCGUGUCGACAUGGAUCUGGCGACCUCUCCACUGACAACAAGUAUCGGCCUGUAGCACUGACGUAUGCCUGCAUACUGGUAUGUACCAGAGCUACGCCAGUAACUAUCACGGUGCACUGAAGAUGGGCCAGAGGAAGAAGGUCAUGCUGUGGACACUGGCUGUUGUGAUCUGGUUCUUCAUCCACACCAUUCUGCUCCUCUUCGUUCUGACAGGCAUAUACGGGCCAUUGGAAGAAGAUGGCCGGGCUGAGAAGAGAAGAGAGAAUGUGGUGGGAUCCACGAGAUCUGGGAGACAUCCUUCACUAGAUCCUUUACCCAAACCAUUGCCUUCGUCUCGCACAGGACAUGACUUGAAACAGUUGAGAAUGGAUGUUGAUAGGAAAGGAAUCAAGCUCCACUUCAAACCUACAACGCAGACAACGUCAUUUGAGAAAUUUCUCAUCGGUCCCAAGAAGAUGGCUCGCCUUGACGUCGCUAUCCAAAAUAUCAUGCGCUCUCACUCGCGUCCCGGAGAGGACUAUUACGGCUUCAACAUCACCCGCAGCGAGGAAGUUCCCUUCAAUAGGGACAUUCCGGACAAAAGACCACAGCAGUGUAAGGACGCCGCAUUCAACUACUCCGCUCUACCGACUGUUUCCGUGGUAACGCCAGUCCAUAACGAGGCUCUUUCUACUCUCGUGCGUCACGUGUUUGCGAUAUUGUUGCGCACUCCUAAUCAGCUGCUGAAAGACAUCCUUUUGGUCGACGAUAAUAGUACGUUUUCUUAUUUAGGUGAAGAUUUAGAAAAUUAUUUUCGGAUUCUUGACCCACGAAUUAAGAUUUUGCGCAACAAUGGUCGCGAGGGGCUUGUGAUGUCAAGGUUGCAUGGCGCUGAAAUUGCCAAGGGAGACGUGGUUGUCUUCCUUGACGCCCAUAUGGAGGUGUGCACUGGUUGGUCGGAGCCUCUAUUGGACAGAAUCAACAGCCAAUCAGCUAUCGUUGUGCAACCGGAUGUGCCCAGCAUCGAUGGCGACACGUUUGAUAUAGAGACUGGUGGUCAUGUUGUCUUUAGAGGAGGGUUUGGUUGGGACAUGAGAUAUGCCUGGAUGUUUGUUCCACCAUACGUUCAUCAGAUGCAGACCUCACGAACUGACCCAAUUCCAACCCCUGUUCUGGUUGGCUGUGCCAUAGCUAUAAAUAAAAAAUAUUUCAAUUCGAUUGGUGGAUUUGAUCCAGGACUCCAAAUAUGGGGUGGGGAGCAUUUUGAUUUGUCCUUCAAGGUAUGGACGAGCGGAGGCAGAGUGGAGACGAUCCCGUGUUCGAAAGUAGGUCACCUUUUCAAGAGCAAUAAAUACAGCUAUGGCCCAAAGGGUAAGGGAUACAUUCUUUCCAGGAAUCUUCUCCGAGUUGCGGAGGUCUGGAUGGACGAAUAUAAAGAAAUUGUUUACGCGACAUCUAGAGACCUCAAUGGCCAGUUACCCGUGUUCACUAAAGCGGAAAUGGCGUCCAUCGAGGAACGACGUCAACUGAGGCGUGACCUUAAGUGUAAAGACUUCAGUUGGUUUCUGAAACACAUUAUGCCAGAGAUAAAGAUUCCAACGCGGGAUGCUCGCUUCUUUGGGGAGGUGGCAAAUCAUCAGACGCGAGGAUGCUUCUAUGUCAUGGACGAUGGAUACAUUGGAGUAACGCCGUUGUGCUUUAGGUUUAGGAUUCUUCCAGAGAACACGUUUACUAUAGAUGUAAUGGGUCGGAUGCUGUAUGAAGGAUCAUGUGUUGGAUAUGAUGAAAGUUCAAAGGUGUUGAAACUGAUGGAGUGUCCUUGUAUUUCUCAAGGCGUGUCUUGGCCGAAAUGGGAGGUCAACUCUGACAGUCAGCUGACCUACACUGAUGCCAGCGGGACGUUGUGCGCCACACACGUGACUUCUGCGACGCACGUGCACAAGACAGAACAGGUGGUUCAGUUGAUCAAUUGUAAAACAGAUAAUCAAUUUCAAAAGUGGCAUUUUAUGUAUCAUUUUGUGUACUGAACAUAUAUGGCAAUAAGU